CCCCGCCGCAUGCCCUCCCGGCCCGCGGGCGGAGGCCGCGCUGGAGUGCAACGCCGUGCGGCAGCGUCGAAGCCACACCGCCGAGCGGUUGCGGAGUGCAUCGCGGCUCGGCGGAAGCGGAAGACAAAGAAGAAGAAACAGAGGGCCCGGCAGCAGGCGCGCUGGGCGACCAUCGGCCGAUGGCUCGGACCGGGCGGCGGCGGGGGCGGCGGCGGGGCGCGGGGGCGGGCAGCGGCGGCGGGAGCGGCGGCGCGGGGCGGCUGCAGCCAGCGCGUGAGCGACGCGCGACGCUCGCUCGCCGCCGCGACAGCUCGGAGGUGGCUGGGGUCGAGUACGCAACCCGCGCGCGCGCAGUGGGCGGGCGGGCGCGGGGGCGGGCAUACAGCACGCGCGGCGCGGCGGCGGCCUCGCCGCCUCGCCGACUGCCCGUCGCGC